AUCCCCUCCAAUCAUGUGAUUUGGGUGUUCCAAUCCCUUCCAUAUCACGUGCUCCAUUCCCCUCCAUAUCAUGUGAUUCAGGUGUUCCAAUCCCCUCCAAAUCAUGUGAUUCAGGUGUUCCAAUCCCCUCCAAAUCAUGUGAUUCAGGUGUUCCAAUCCCUUCCAUAUCAUGUGAUUCAGGUGUUCCAAUCUCCUCCCAAUCAAGUGUUCCAAUCCCCUCCCAGUCAUGUGAUUCAGGUGUUCCAAUCCCCUCCAUGGACACAGGUGUAUACAAUCAAGCCCCUAGGCAUGCAGACGGCUUCUACAAACAUUGGUGAAAGAAUGGGUCGCUCUCAGGAGCUCAGUGACUCCAAGCGUGGUCCCGUGAUAGGUGGUCACCUGGGCAAUAAGUCCAUCCGUGACAUUUCCUGGCUACUAAAUAUUCCACGCUCAACUGUUAGUGGGAUU